AUGGAUCCUCUCUCAAUGCAAGAAGAAUAUACGGCCCUUAUAAAGAACCAAACUUGGUCCCUCGUUCCUUCUACACCAAACAUGAACAUCGUAGGCUGUAAAUGGGUUUUCAAAGUUAAGCGAAAAGCUGAUGGCACUAUUGAAAGACACAAGGCACGCUUAGUUGCCAAGGGCUUUAAUCAAAUGGAGGGCCUUGACUAUGAUGAAACAUUUAGUCCCGUUGUCAAGCCAGCUACUAUUCGUACUAUCUUAACUAUUGCUCUUUCCAGGAAUUGGCCCUUGCAACAACUUGAUGUUCGUAAUGUCUUUUUAAAUGGUAUCUUACAUGAUGAGGUUUACAUGAAGCAGCCCCUAGGUUUUGCUGACCCACUUCGCUCCCAAUAUGUCUGCAAACUCCACAAGGCAAUCUAUGGCCUUAAACAGGCCCCCGUGCAUGGUAGUACUCUUCCUGCAGUUAACAAAUUCAUUGAUGACUUAUGUUCAACCUUUGAUAGUCGCAGGCUGGGAGAGCUCAAUUUUUUUCUUGGCAUGGAAGUUUGUCGCACCAAUGGCUAUCUAUCAAUCUCUCAAGCUCGUUAUGCAUCUAACCUUCUCACCAAAUUUAAUAUGGCAGCAUGUAAACCAAGUCCCACACCACUGCUCUCCUCCACUAGACUCUCUGCAAAUGAUGGUGAUCCAAUCUCUGACCCCACACUGUACCGAAGCAUGGUUGGGGGCCUCCAGUACCUCACUCUGUCUCGCCCCGAUAUCGCUUUUGCCGUGAAUCAGGUGUGCCAAUUCAUGCAUCAUCCAUGUUCCACUCACCUCCAGGCUGUUAAAAGGAUCUAUCGCUACAUUAAGGGCACUCUUGAGCAUGGCCUUCUCUUUCGUGCUUCUGCUAACCUCAUUUUGCGAGCCUUCUCCAACGCUGACUGGGCCGGCUCCAUUAUGACCGCCGCUCUACUACAGGGGCAUGUGUUUUCCUUGGUCCUAAUCUUCUCACUUGGACUACUAAGAAACAAUCCACCGUAUCCCGCUCAAGCUCUGAAGCCGAGUAUCGGGCACUUGCUACCACUGCAGCUGAGCUUCGUUGGUUUGGCUACUUGUUUCGAGAGUUGGGUAUUCCUCUUCGUUCCCCUCCAUGUAUCUUUGUCGACAACAUAUCUGCCCUCCACAUGGCCGCGAAUCUCGUCUUCCAUGCUCGUACCCGCCAUAUUGAAAUCGACUACCAUUUUGUUCACGAGUUAA